CAUGUGUCAACACACUCUGUCCGUAUAUAACCUGACAGAUAAGGAUGGCCAUAGAACGCAGCACAUCCAGGUUCCAGAUAAGCUUAACUAGUGACUGCUAGCCGUGCCAUUCCGGUUGAUUGCACGAGUCAAAACAACCCCCACCACCACUGCGUGGUAAAUUAAUUCUCCAGGGUUUUCCAGCUUCACCAGUACUACUGCUCCGCUAGCUAAUUAAGCUCGCUAGAGACUAGAGAGUGGGGCAAAGAAUUAAGCAUCGUUGAUUCCUCGGCAAAUUUCCGGCCGAGUCCCGUUAUAUACACACGUCAAACUGAUCCCAGAGUCCAUUACAGCUCGUGCUUGCCCCCCGAAGCCAACAUGUAUUCCUUCGACAGAGACCACACGGCGGCAUCAGCAGCGGCACGGGCCGGCGCCACCAAGUACUCCUACCAAGCAUGCGAAACGGAGAAGACGACGACCCGGACGGCGUCGGCGUCGCAGGCCCAGGUCAUGUCCUCCUCCCCGCCGCGGCGACCCAGGAGGCGGCGCUCGGCGUCUUCUUCGUCCACGGCGCGGCGGUCGUCGACGACGGUGGUGGCGACGGACGUGGGCAACUUCCGCGCCAUGGUGCAGGAGCUCACGGGCUUCCCGCCGGCCGCCAUCUUCCGCCCGAUGCCCCGCCGGGCCCACGCCGCCGGCCAGUACCUGCAGCAGCCCGGGCAGUAUAAUACUAGCUCCGGCGCGGCCCGCGGCGGCGGCGGCAGCAGCAGUACUAGCCCCGACGUCCCGGCAGCGGCAGUGGUGCAGCCGCCGCAGUACUGCGCGACGCCGGGCGUGUUCGACGGGCUCGCGGACCUCGGGUCGCCGGAGUUCGACGCGUGGCCCGACUUGUCCUUUGAGCAGUGAAUUGUCGGUCAAGUUCAGUUAAUUUGCUGGGCUAGAUUACUGGUUGAUCCAGGGUAGUAGUAGUGAGUAGUGAUCGUUGUUGCUUUUGUAAUUUACUCCACUCUGGUUCACGCUUGUGUUUAACUGUUUACCGAGCAUCAUUGAGAAACGGAAGGAUGGUAGUACUACUCUGUACAGCAGCACAAGUUGUAUAAGAUGGUGAAGUCUUUCAAGUGGUUUAGCCGAUUUUUUUAAAGCAGUA